CCCAGCCCAUCCAAAGCGUGUCCAACUAUUUCACUCACCUGCGGCGUCCUGAAGUCCUUAUGCAAUUGAAGAACGGAGGUCGAAGAGGAGCCUGGCAGCCUGCGACGAAACGACGAAGACUGAAGACGCUGUGAACUGCGAACACCAGCCGACCUGCAGCCACCAGCCGCGGCGCCGGAAGACGUCGCCCACUCGGCCGUCCUUUCUCUCCGGCUCUCCUCUCUGCCUGUAGCUCUUGAGCUCCGGCCUCUAGGGAAAAAUAAGUGGUCCUGCAAGUUCAUUCCGUAAAUUUGUCUCUAGUGAUGGCGUCAUCUUCUUCUCGUCUGCUCCGUGCAGGCUGUUCACUGUUCGGUAACCUUUUUCACAACUCUGCUGGGUUCAUGAGAGUGUCAAAUAAGGUUAUAUCCAAUGUUUUGUAUGCACAGCAACAAAGAACCUUUAUACAAAUGAGGACCAAGCUUAAAGUGGUUGACAAUUCAGGUGCAAAAAAAGUGAUGUGCAUACAAGCAUUGAAGGGAAAGAAAGGGGCACGAUUGGGUGACACCAUAGUUUGCUCAGUCAAGGAAGCACAGGCGGGCGGAAAAGUGAAGAAAGGAGAAGUCCACUAUGGUGUGGUUGUUCGUGCUGCAAUGCCAAAAGGCCGAUGUGAUGGGAGUGAGGUUAAGUUUGAUGAUAAUGCUGUUGUUCUUAUCAAUAAGCACGGUGAGCCGAUUGGGACCCGGGUUUCCGGACCGGUUCCACAUGAGCUUAGGAGGAAGAAACACCUCAAGAUUCUUAGCCUUGCUGAGCAUAUUGCUUGACCUAAGGAGGUCAUGCUCAUGCACUGUCUGCCCUUUCUGCCCAGAUGUCCUUUUGAAGUUUAGGAUUUUUUUACUUCCUGAAUUAAAAUGUUUCCGUUCUUCACAAACAAUGCGGACACAUUUAAUCCAGGACAUUAAAUUAUGCUAAACAUGUGGUUUGUUGUGGGUUGACUGGCAAGAUAACUAUGUAUAAGGUCUGAAAUUGCAUGAAGGAACAUGCUACUAAUCCAUGAAAUUUCAAAAGAUGACUUUGAAGAUGGUCUAGAUGGUCUGAACUCUGAAUGGAAAUGUGAAACGCAGUGUUGAGAAUCGGAAACAGAAUUGGAUCUGCAUGCAAGGGAUUUUCGGGUUGGUUCUCAAUUCUCAAAUCACUUCCGCUCUGGUUAUGAUAUUGGUUCCAAACUGAUCACAUAUGCUACUCAGCUACUCUCUUAUAAGUCGGUAUCACCAACUCUUAAAAUUUGGAACAAUUACAUAAACAUUUGUUUGGGUAAUGUUUUACCAUAAUAUUAUACUAUGUACUAGUAUUAUACCUGUGCGAUGCACAAGAAAAUUUUAUCAAUAUAAAGAAUUCAAGGAAAAGUGCGAAAAAGGUACUUGUGGUUGGGUCCGUUUUCAGAUAGGGUGAUGUGUUUUAUUCUUUAUCAAAGUAGUUCAUGUUUUUGAAUUCCGUUAUCACAAGAGGGUCACGUUGUUAAAAACGUCCAAAAAGAUCGUUAAAAGUAACUCUGAUUUUCCAAAGUUCUCGAAAAAUUAAAAGAAAAAUAUCGAAAAGGUGCACCUCGUCAAGAUGACAUCCAAACCACCUUCGCCUUUGGAUUGUUCAGAUAUGUUUGAAUUAUUUUUUAAAAAUGAUUUCUCUAAUAUCACUUUUCUGAUGGACUUACUCGUGACAAGGGUGGCUGAAAAUAAAAAAGAAAGAUGAUUUAGCGGUCGUCUUAUACUCUUAUUGAGGUGUACCUUCUGAUAUUUUUCUUUUAAUUUUUCGGACAUUUUUGAAAAUUGAAUUUACUUUUAACGGUCUUUGUCAGACGUUUUUAACAGUGUGACCCUUUUGUGAUAACGGAAUUCAAACACAUGAACCAUUUUGAUAAAGAAUGAAACACAUGACCUUAUCUGAAAACGGGUUCAACCACAAGUACUUUUUCCGUACAUUUCAUAAGAAUUUAUUCAUAUAAGAACACAUAUUUUGUCAUAUUAUAUAUGCGUGGAUG